CCAGUAAACCCUAGCCUCCAGGAGCUCACCCGUAUAAAGUCGCAGACCUUCUCCUUCCCCUCCCCGCCGCCACUCGCCGCAGCGUGUCGACCAGACAAGGCAGCGCCUCCGAAACCCUAGCUCCCCGCCUUCCCCUCCGCGGCCGCCAAAAUGGUGAACGUUCCCAAGACCAAGAAGACCUACUGCAAGAACAAGGAGUGCAGGAAGCACACCCUUCACAAGGUCACUCAGUACAAGAAGGGUAAGGACAGCCUGUCUGCCCAGGGAAAGCGCCGUUAUGACCGUAAGCAGUCAGGAUAUGGUGGUCAGACCAAGCCUGUUUUCCACAAGAAGGCAAAAACCACCAAGAAGAUUGUGCUGAAGCUGCAAUGCCAAAGCUGCAAGCAUUACUCCCAGCACCCCAUCAAGAGGUGCAAGCAUUUCGAGAUUGGUGGAGACAAGAAGGGCAAGGGAACAUCUCUUUUCUAAACUACCUACUGGAUACUGAAGUUGUGGGUCUAUUGUGCUUCAUACUUCAAUGUUAUUAGGAACUUAAUUUAAGCAGACCAUAUCAUGUAUUCAAGUAUCAUCGUCUGACAUUUACUCUAGCAAGGAUUGGCUUUCUGCUGAAUCAAGUUUUCUUGCUUAAUGCUCGUCGAAUCCAAUGUGAUGCAUGUCUUUAGAUGGCACUGCAAUUGUGACUUUUGUCUUAUGGCAGUUUUAUCUCCCUAA